AAAAGCGCUGCAAAUGUGCUGAAAAUUCGUUCAUUGAAACAGUGAUGGUUGCGCAACGACGUCGUUCUGUUGCAGGCGUGGGUAGGGUGGUGGUUUACGGCGUUACUUGGAGUCUGUGAUAGGCAUGUGCAUCUAUAUCAUAUCGACACUCAGUCACCGUCAAAUCGAAUCGGAGAAUUGAAAUCAGCAGAGGAAUCAGAAUCAAAGCCCCGAAUGGCGCCGCCGCCACCACCCAAAUCAAGAGGGGCUACUCAGGUAAGCAGCAAUGCUUCCAGGAUUCAGUUCUUUUCCCUUCUCCUCGCUCUGCAAUACGGCGCUCAACCUUUGAUCUCCAAACGCUUUGUCAGACGUGAGGUUAUUGUGACUUCAUCUGUUUUGAUAUGUGAGCUAGCAAAGGUUUUAUGUGCAUUGUUUAUCAUGGCAAAAGAUGGUACUCUAAGGAAAGCGUAUAAAGAAUGNAACUUCUCAGCAACCGCAGCCAAGUAUGGUGCACGAAGCCACUAG